AUGUGCUUGAACCCCCGGCUGGAAAUGGUGGACUUCAUCAUCAGGAAAAGGGUGGCUAUUCCUGCCGCCACCCACACAGUGCUGGGCCCGCUGCAGUCCGUCAUGCAGGAUCUGCACUCCGAGGACAACGACGAUGAUUCAGAGGAGGACGACGACGACAACGACAUGGACUCUGACAUGGAGCGACCGGCACACACACACCACACACACCACCAACGCAGGGUCAGUCUGAGUGAUGGCAGUGAGAGUGACAGCUCCUCCCCCUCACCUCCAUCCCGUCAUGAAGCCCCGCCCUUACUAAAGACUACCAAUAACCAGAUACUGGAGGUGAAGAGUCCCACCAAGCAGAGCAAGCAGGACAAGAACAAAAACUUAGAUUGUGACAAGGCUUACCUGGAUGAGCUGGUGGUGCUGCACAAAAGACUGAUGACGCUGAGAGAGGGCCAUAUACUGCAACAGAUUGUGAACCUGAUUGAAGAGACGGGACACUUCCACAUCACAAACACUACUUUUGACUUCGACCUUUGCUCCCUGGACAGAAUUACAGUGAGGAAGCUCCAGAGUUACCUGGAGACCUCCGGGCUGUCCUGAGGCUCUGAGCAGCUGGCUGCUGGAUCUCUGUCUCCGAGGAGGAUUUCAAUUUUUCCCAUUUCUCUUGAAAAAACUCCAACUUUGGAUACAAUGCAAAAGCCCCUCUGUGGCUGGGACCAGUCGCUGUGUCCAGCCUGCUGUUGCACCGGCUCUCUGAAUGGAGGGUUGGGGGUCCCGCUGCAGAAAGCAGAGCCUGGUGUUGUGGGGAUGAGCCCUGUGGAUCAGGAGAUCACCCAGAAAGCCUUGAAACUUCUCUUGAUUUUAAAAAAAAAAAAAAAAAACGAAAAAGUGGGAAGCUGCGACCCUGUUGCUCUUAAUGAAUGUGCAAAUUGUUACAAUGUAUGUUCCUUGAUUUGUUGUUCAUUGGGACAAAUGCAUGGUCAACAUUGCCUUACAACAUUGUAAGUCUUAUUUAUGUGUGUGUGUGUGUGUGUGUGUGUGUGUGUGUGUGUGUGUGUGUGUGUGUGUGUGUGUGUGUGUGUGUGUGUGUGUGUGUGUGUGUGUGUGUGUGUGUGUGUGUGUGUGUGUGUCAUAAUGAGACAUUGUUGAAGCACUCCACAACAGGCAUUACUGAGGACACUUGAUUGGUCGCUGACCUAAAUUGAAAUUGAAUGUCAUAUAUUGCAUCAUUACAAUGGGAAGAAAAAACUGCCAGAGCAUGUGUGAAGGUGAUGCUGAAAAUAACAUUUCUAUUUAAAUCCAUUACUACAUGUUUCAAUUUGUGCUUCAUAAACACAGGGGAGAAGGUCCUUUAGAAAAACCUUUAGUUGUCUCACUAACCUCUAAGGGCUUGCAAAGAUGCCUUGACAAAUAAAAAGUAAUACACAUACAUUUAAAGGAAAAACAUUGUGUAAAGAUACAAAUAGAAUUGCCUAUAUCAGAAAAUGUGCCUGGCCCAGGAAUAUUGUCUCAUUGUCCACCUUUCUGAAGCAUACUGAAGUUUUCAGGGCACAGGAAGUACUUGUUGCUUUUACUUAUAGGCUAUCUGUGUAUAAUCUUCAUCUUCAAACAAACCGCUUUAAAGGGAAAUAAUCUACACAUCUUGGCUUUAAAAACCCAGCACGACGUAUGGAUUUUUUUUUUAACGCAACUUCAAUCAAUGCGUACAUCUAUAAUCGGCAUGCUCUAAACUCUAAAUGACUUGUUUCAGCAAACCACCAAAUCAUUUCAUUCAUCACUUGGCAGUUUUUUAUUCCCAUAUUUUCUCCAGAUGUGAGCUUAGCACAAAUCUCUAAGGUGGAAGUUCUCAUGAUGGAAUCAAAAAUAUAUUUUUACCAAAUCCAGGAAUAAUAUGCUGCCGACCGGCUUGUUGCCUGCAAACGAGAGAAAGCUUUGUUGUCUUGGCUCAUUUUAGCUCACUGCUACAGGGCCAAUGGAACAUGCCAAAAGCAUAGUGAGUAGAAGCAGUUGUUUAGGAUACUCGUGUUUGGCUGCAGAGUGACUGAAAGAAUAUCAUUAUCUCAUUGCCGGGAAAAUAGACCAAACCCUGUCCGAGGAGAGGAACGACAAACUGCCUGUAUGGUGGAAAUGGAAAACAGCUCCUGUGUUCUGCAUUUCUGAAAUGUGUGAAAUAUUUUGGGUAGAUUUAACAAACGAGAAGGCCAAUGGGAGUUUUGGCUGACAGGUACUGUUACGGGUGUAAUAAGAAAAAAUUAUCUUUUAUUUAUUUUGUGGAUGUUUUGAGUUUGCUAAAUCAAAGCUCAACAUUAUUUCCCAAGGAGAAUGCCUUUGUUUGAUUUGUACCAAGGACCCGAGUGCCAGUGUGAUAAACUAAAGUUCAGGAUGGUGCCGACCUUUCCAAAUGACCUUAAAGGGUUUUCUCACCCUGUGUUCUGUCUUAUGGUUUGUGUAUUUUGAGGAUAUACAAUAAAUAUUCUGUAUGAUGUACAGAUGAUUUAGU